AUGGAUACCAAGCUCCGAUGGGAGUUCCACUGCGACAAGAUAGAGGCGAGAGCCACGAAACGACUCUCAGCGCUCGCGGCUCUAGCAUCGUCAACUUGGGGAACAGGGACGAUCGAUCUCCGGCAGGUAUAUAGAACGAUGAUCGUGCCCCAGAUGCUAUACAGCUGUUCAGCCUGGUACAUUCCCGGUAAAGGCCACGGAGGCCGAGGCAGCCCUAUGAUAAACGCCAUCAAGAGGAUCCAGAGACGUGCAGCCCAAAUCAUCAGUGGCGCAUUCCGGACAACCGCCGGAGCGGCAGUGGACCUAGAAGCACACCUCCUCCCGGUACAACAACAACUCGAACAAACAGCGCUGGAAACCGCCCUGCGCAUACGAACUUCCCCGCUGUACGACGACAUGGCCGCAACGGACGGUAACGGCAGGAGACGCGACGCACAGAGUCCCCUUGGCCGCUUAUCGGGCAUCCUGAAACACAAGUACAAGGUACAGCUCAACCGACUUGAGAAACGCCAACCACACGUCGUGCCACCCUGGUGGACUCCCCCAUUCAUCCGCAUCGCCGAGUCUGCGGAGGAUGCAAUUAGGGAACACGACGUUGCGGAGCCAACAACCCUAUGCAUCUACACGGACGGGAGUGGCAUCAACGGUCACGUUGGAGCAGCCGCGGUAGCGCCUUCACUCCAGAUAGACGACGUCUGCACAAAACGAACCCACUACAUGGGGCCUCCAGAGUCGGACCAUGUGCGGAUCUUGAUAGCAACCACGAAAUCCACCAUCCGCCAAACAAUGAAACGAGAGUGGGAGACAUCCUGGGAGACGACCAAGCAAGGCAGGGACCUCUUCAAACUUGGGGUCAGGCCAGGAAAAGCGACACUGGACAUCCACAGAGGAACACACAGGGCAAUCAGCUCAGCAAUCACACAGAUGCGGACAGGCAAGAUUGGCCUGCGCGCAUACCUACACGCCAUCAACAAAGCCGACACCGACAAAUGCGAAUGCGGCUACGGGCCGCAGACCGUGCGGCACGUCCUCCUGGAAUGCCGAAACUGGGCGGACGAAAGACAUCGGAUGUGGGCAGGCAAGCUCCCAUGCGUGGAUAUCAAGCGCAUUCUCUGCAGCCCAUCUAUGGCAGUGCAAAGCAGCCAAGAUGAUCUUGAGGACCGGGCUCCUGGGUCAAUUCCAGGCUGUCCCGUCCACAUUACUCCAGUAUAG